GGGUUCUUUGCUGGCUUUACUCCCCAUGUUUUCCCCCUAGCGAGGUUUAAAUAGUCCUUUGUUUACAUGCAGUACCUUACUCUGCGGAAGGAGGCCGUGGGUUGUGCUUAGUUUUCUUACCAGCUGUUUCCCGCCUUGACACAGACAUCUGAUCAGCUGCAAACGCACACGUACAUAGAACGAGAGAGAGAGAGUGAGAGCGCGCGCGAGCGCCACACACACACAAGCCGAGGAAACCCCAUCAGCUGGGAGCCGAAGACACGCGCGCGCACACACACACAUGAACACACAUUCACUUCACACUUGGCCGAAGGAAGGCAGGUAAAAAAAAUAAGAGGAAAAAAAAAGCAAAGCGGAUUCCUGGCGUGCGACUGGUACAAAGGAGGCGACGGAGCAGAAGAAACUGGGGGAAAGAAUUAUGGAGUAUUUCAUGGUACCCACGCAGAAGGUGCCUUCGUUACAACAUUUUAGGAAAACGGAGAAAGAAGUGAUUGGCGGACUCUGUAGCCUAGCAAAUAUCCCAUUAACACCAGAGACUCAGAGAGAUCAAGAGCGACGAAUUCGCAGGGAAAUUGCCAACAGUAAUGAACGGCGCCGAAUGCAGAGUAUCAAUGCUGGGUUUCAGUCCCUCAAAACAUUGAUCCCUCAUACUGAUGGGGAAAAGCUCAGUAAGGCAGCCAUACUUCAGCAGACGGCUGAGUAUAUUUUCUCACUGGAACAGGAAAAGACACGUCUUUUGCAGCAGAACACUCAACUGAAACGUUUCAUUCAGGAGUUCAGUGGAUCUUCACCAAAACGGAGGCGGGCUGAAGAUAAAGAUGAAGGCAUCGGCUCACCAGAUAUCUUGGAGGAUGACAAGGCAGAGGACCUGCGUAGAGAGAUGAUUGAACUUCGACAGCAGUUGGACAAGGAGCGAUCUAUUAGGAUGAUGCUAGAAGAGCAGGUCCGCACACUGGAGGCCCACAUGUACCCCGAGAAGCUGAAAGUGAUUGCACAGCAAGUGCAGCUACAGCAGCAACAAGAGCAGGAACAGACACGUCUGAAACAGCAACACGACAGUUUGGAUAGAGAUCUGUCCAUUCGGGCCAGCCAGCUUUUAUCAUCAACUACAACUCUGGCACCGACUCACCACCCUACUGUAAUUGUACCUGCACCAGCUCCUCCUCCACUGCCACAUCAUGUGAACGUAGUAACCAUGGGGCCAGCCUCUGUAAUUAAUACAGUAUCUACAUCACGACAGAACCUAGACACCAUCGUGCAGGCCAUUCAGCAUAUUGAAGGAACACAGGAUAAAGGUGGAGAUGAAGAUCAAAGAAGAGCAGUGAUUGUGACCCCACUUCGGGCCUUCCCUAAUGCUGCUGACUCAGACACCGCAUCUGACAGUGAAGAAGAAGAGAGUGAUGAUACAGGACGGAGCAAGGAGAAUAUGGUUGAAGAAAGGGCACUUCCCUGAUUGGGGGAGGGUGGAAGAUGAGGAGGAGGAAUGGUAGGGGGGCCAAUAAGCCUAACUUCUGCGGCUGCUGCUCCUUCUGCUGCUGGGGAAAGAUCCUCUCAGAGCAGAGUCGGCUGAAUUUUGAAACCUUAAGCAAGUAGUUUUUCCUUUUUAUCUAUGUUUUAAACUUCUGAAUACUGUAUGAAACCAAGAGUAAACAAAACAUAAGCCCCCUCCCAUACUGCUUGUAACAUUUUGUGACAGAAGGCUGAGUGAGGGAGGUUUACACACAGCUGGAAACUGUGAGGGACUUUGUUUUUAUUUUUUAAAGUUUUUUUUUUUUUUUAAGAGAAAAUAGUCAGUCUUGCAAGACAUGCCUGCAUGUUUAAUAGCUGAGAACUGACUGUUCUGAUGGGGCAUUUGGGACGGUUAAGUGAAGCACUUGGCCUUUCACCUCCUCAUUCAUUUUGGGUUUCAAGGUUGCAAAAACUAAGUGAAUGGGAUGCAGUGAACAAAGGAAAAGUAAAAAGCUUUGAGGUUUAUAUUUUGUAUUUUUUUUUCCUGUUGGUCUGCUAAUGGAAGGCUAAGCUGCUGUUUUGGGGUCAGCUUAAUAUCAGAGCUCUGGUAUUAUACAAAAUAAGCUAUAUGUUGACUUUUCCUGGACUUGGAAAUUGCUAUGUGAUUUCUGUAGUCCACAAAUGUAGGGUAUACUUGAGCAAACUGUUUUGUUUGCUGGAAGAGUCUCUGAGCUAUCUUUUGGUACAUUACUACAAACAAGAGACAAACUUUCCAGUGACGGGAAAAAUAUUUUUUAAUGAAAAUUAUCUUGCCAACCCCUUCUUCCUACAUUAUUUGGGGAUUAUGAGAAUAUUGGAUUUCUUCUCUGCAGCUUUGUAUUCCUCAAAUAUGCAUUGUUUUAUAGCCUAAUCCAAAUUUUGUCUUGACAUUCCCAUUUAUUUCUGUUUAAAACAUUUUAAGCCCCCUGACCUACAAUAUCUCAAGAUUGUUUCUGACGGUUCCUCAGUAUAGGUCUGUAAAAUCUAAGGCUUGUUAAGCACUUUGUUUCUUCCCAGUUUAUCCUUUUCAAAGUCCCGUCUGUAUGUGUACUAUAUAUUGGAGAUAAUUUUUUUAAUAUAAGUAUACAGAAAAAUCCUUGUGCCCUGCCAUUCUAAAAAAAAAAAAAAAUGCAGCUCCAUCAGGGAAUUUUGGGGCUCAAUUUGUAAGUGGAUGGCAUGGUCUAAAAUUUUUUUUUUUUUUUUUUGUUCUUGUCUUUGUGACAUUUUUCAAAGUAUUGAACCUAAUGGCAUAUGUCUGUGUAGAUGUUUGUUACAAGUCUGAUUUUAUACCAGAUGGGUAUGCCACAGAAAGCAGCUGACAACACAGUAGAAUUUGGCUGAACCUUUCCAUUACACACUAUCAGUUAGCACUUCAAGAAUAUUUUUCUUUCCAAAUUUACCAGGAAGUAUAUUUGAUAUUUUGUGAAAAUAGCAGCUUUCUGUGGAAAAAUGAACUUUUUCCUUCUAAAAGAAAUUAGAAUGCAUUAAUGCCCUAGCUGGUGACACCAGGAAGAGUCAUUACUUUUCUGAAUAUACAUGGAUAUUGGUUUACUCUUUCUGCCUUUUGUAAAGUUUACAAUUUUUAAUUUUGAGUGAACAAGUUUACAUGAUAUUUUAGAACUGUGUCAGUCUAUGCACGCUCAAAACGCACAAUCAUAUACUGAACGGCCAGUACCACUGCCCCACCCAGAGCUCCCAGCAAACGGUAAUCACUUACUUCCAAAGCAAAUUUUUUUGUAAUUUUCCUUGUAGGCCUAAACUAGCAAAUAUGUGGUAAUGUAGGAUUUUUAUCAUUUUAUAAGAAAAUAGGGUUCUGAAGAAUGUUGGCACAAUGUAGUGUACUGUCAUUUCUUUAGCUGAUUAAAAUUUGGUGUAGGAUACAGCUUAUAGUAUGUGGGGAUGUAAUCCCCAAUGUCUCCUAGAGUUUGGUUUGAGUAACACGGACAAUGGAUAAAAUUUAAACCCAAAUGUAGGGAGUGCUCUGGGCUCAUUUGACUCUAAAUAAUCUCACGACUCUUUAUUCCCUUGUAGUGUGUGUUGUGUUUAAAGUUUUGGCAUAUCAGUCCGCAUUUGGUGAUUUAUAACAUUUUUGUAAUAUGUUGUAUAAAGCAAUUUAUGUUGGGAUAUCAGUCAUUUAACACCAUUUAACUCCCACAAACAUUGACAUUUCACAAUACGUAGUCUAAAUAUCACUUGUUUCAAAUUAAAAUUUUUCACAGUUAAAAGAGGGCGGUUUUGCUUGUAAUGUACUAUAGAGAAUACAGUUUAUAGAAACAUCUAUUUUAGAUAAUAGCUAAGCUUAAACACAAGGCGUGCCACACAGAUGACACUGGGUAAUAAACUUUUUUUUUUUGUCUUGGGUGUCUUGUUGGCUUAGGCAAAUUCUACAUCCCUAUUGGGGUGUCCAUAUGUACUGGUGCUACUUGAAAACUAUGGCACUUCUUAACUUUGCUGCAACAGUUUGUUGAUUCUCAGUUUUAAAUUUUUGGCCUUUUUUCUAAAGCUAAACAUCUAAUUGAUGUUGCACAUUCAAGAGAAACUGUAAGUCCAACAGGAAGGGGAGAAACAGAGUUUUAAUUUGCUCCAGGCACGUGCUGUCAAAUGUGGUUUUAAGAGGUCUCCAGAACUGGAGGUUGUUGUCUCAUUCAGUAUUGUAGUAAUAAUAAUAAUCUUUUUUUUUCUACUGCUUGCAAAACUGUCCAGGCUGUUUUCCUUACAUCUAAAUUGCUUCUGGCCAAAACUGGUAUAUUCAUUGAACAGAUCUGUCAUGUCAGCCUUGACACAUAAGUGAUGGCUGUGCACGUUCACUCAAGCUUUUCAUACUUUCAGAGCUUUCUGGCUCUAGGUAGUAAUGUCGCAUAGUCCAUGGAGGGGUUAAAAUCAUUUUGGAAACCAUAUUCAUUUAUGGUUUGUUUGUUAGCAGGGUAUUAAUCUAAGCUGCUGUAAGUCAUAUGGUGACAUUUUGCAUUAUGGUUAUCAGAAUGGAGGCAAUAUUGGCUUUUUUUAACCUUUUCCUUGUGGUGUCAAUUAGUUUAUAUUUUUUUUUUGCAGAUUGAAAUGGGCUGUUGGAAAUUUGGACUGAUUGAAAUGUAAGGUUGUCUGUCAAGUUUCAUUCUCUUUUCAUGAUUGUGGUUUGGUGGCCAUUCAGCCUGUCAAAGGUCACUUUUCAUAUUAAGAUAAUAUGCUUUUAUAACUUUUCAUAAAGUCAAGGAAUUCAGGACUGUUCCUCUUGCACAAUAGUCUUAUCUGCAGGGUUUUGUUGCAGCCGGUAUUCCACCUUUAGACACUGAAGUCCAUUAAAUUGGAAUUUGUUUGUUCUGGUCUGUACACUCGGCCAGGAAAAGAAC